UUCUCUUUUAUCUUUUCUUUCUCUGUCCCUCUCUCUCAACUCUUUCUGAAUAGUGUAGUUGCGCUUUCAUACUCUCCGGCCGGAGUAACCUCCCUCCAUUUGGUUUGAUCGUUGUUGAAAUCAAGUUUUUUUCUUUUUUUUCUUUUUUUUGUUUUGUAUACAAGAAAAAAUUGGUUGAUUCAAUUUGUUGAUUGAGUUAGUUUAGGGUUUGGUCGGUGGUUGAAGAUUGAGGAAAUAAAAUUAGAUGUGUUUUUUGUGUAAUGUGAGUAGAAAUUAGGGAUUUUGGCGCGAAUUGAGUGAAGGAAUCUGUGUGUUAGAGAGGAUAGCGUGCUAAUUAGGGAAAAACUUUGGUGUAAAAUUAAGGGAUCAGAUUGCCGAUCCUAAUUUUGGAAGUUUUGGAUCUGGAAGAUUCUGAUAAAACAAACAAAUAGCCAAAAAGAGCAAGUUGUUUUUAGGGUUUUCUUACCAUAUCAGAUGCUACAUUGAUAGAAGAAACUUAAAAUAAAAAUCGCAUUGCCGGUUUUUUGGAUGUGUAAAUGUGCAGGGUAGAGAAGAGUGAGAGAAAGAGAGAGAUGGGAGGAGGAGGAGGGAUUUUUAAGGGAGAAAAGCAGCAGCAAUUGAAGAGUGGUGGUGGUUCCAGAAUGAAGCUUUGGAUGAUAAGGGCUACGACGUCGGUUUUGCUCUGGACUUGCAUAGUCCAGUUAACGGCAAUUGGUGAGACUUGGGGUCCCAGAGUCUUGACCGUUUGGCCUCCUUGUUUUAACCGCGAGUCCGACGCAGCCUCUGCUAUUGUUCAGGAUAAGGUUCCGUCGGUUCCUGCGCGUGUUCUCCCUCCUAAGAGGGUCUAUAAGAACAAUGGCUACCUUAUGGUUUCGUGCAAUGGAGGUCUCAAUCAAAUGAGAGCGGCGAUUUGUGACAUGGUGGCUAUUGCGAGGCAUUUGAAUGUUACUCUUAUAGUCCCUGAACUGGAUAAAGCCUCCUUCUGGGCUGAUCCUAGUGAAUUCCAAGAUAUAUUUGAUGUGGAUCAUUUUAUUACAUCAUUGAGAGAUGAGGUCAGGAUAUUGAAAGUGUUGCCUCCUAGACUCAAGAGGAGAGUGGAACUAGGAAGAGUUUAUUCUAUGCCUCCAGUUAGUUGGUCUGAUAUAUCUUACUAUCAUAAUCAGAUUCUCCCUCUGAUACAGAAGUACAAAGUUGUACAUCUGAACAGAACUGAUGCUCGACUUGCCAACAAUGGUCAACCUUUGGAGAUUCAAAAACUCCGCUGCCGUGUAAAUUUUAGCGCUUUAAGAUUUACUACACAGAUAGAGGAGUUGGGUAAAAGAGUUAUCAGACUCUUAAGACAGAAUGGUCCUUUCCUGGUACUUCACCUUAGAUAUGAAAUGGACAUGUUGGCAUUUUCUGGCUGCACUCAAGGUUGCAACAAGGAGGAGGUGGACGAGUUGACAAGGAUGAGAUAUGCAUAUCCUUGGUGGAAAGAGAAAAUUAUAAAUUCCGACUUGAAGAGGAAAGAUGGAUUGUGCCCUUUGACACCUGAGGAAACUGCUCUUACUCUGAGGGCCCUGGACGUUGAUCCUAGUAUACAGAUUUAUAUUGCUGCUGGCGAAAUAUAUGGUGGACAAAGGAGAAUGGCGAGUCUUGCGGCAGCUUAUCCAAGAUUGGUCAGAAAGGAAACUCUGUUGGAACCAGCAGACCUUAGGUUUUUCCAGAACCACUCAUCCCAGAUGGCAGCAUUAGAUUAUCUUGUGUCGUUGGAGAGUGACAUUUUUGUUCCUACAUAUGAUGGAAACAUGGCUAAAGUUGUUGAAGGCCAUCGCAGAUUCCUUGGCUACAAGAAGACAAUCUUGUUGGAGAGAAGGCUUUUGGUUGAUCUUAUUGACCAGUAUACUAAUGGAUCUCUAAGUUGGGAUGAGUUUUCUGCUGCUGUAAAGGAAGCUCAUGCCGAUCGCAUGGGAGGACCAAGUAGUAGGAUGGUGAUCCCAGACAGACCAAAAGAAGAGGAUUACUUCUACUCCAAUCCUGAAGAAUGUUUACAACCAUCAUCAUUUGAUCCAUUAAGUAGUACAUGAUUGUCGUGUUGUGAGAGAGUGGCAUUUACCAGUGUUCUCUCAGGGUGGUAGCUACUUUGACAGAUGAAAAGGUAGUUCCCUACUCAGAGGUGAAGUGAUAAUGAUUGAUGUUGUUCUUAAGAGCAUUUACGAAGAUAAUUGUGGUUGGUAAACUUCGAAAAAGCCUGAGAGAAAUCUUCAGAAGGAACUGGAGAAGGUGAAGAUCUUUUAAUAUAUGCCAAUAAUUCAUUUUGUGUAUAGAAGGUAGCCUGCCAUUACAGGGUGAUAUGAGAUAAAAAUUUGGUUGUACACUGAGGGAAGCAAAUAUAAAAUUGUUUUUACUUUGGAACCAGAGAUUCAUGGAAGGAUCUGUCCCUCCCUUGGCCUUCCGCUUUCUAUUUUUUUUUUUUUUUUUUUUGUAGAUCGACGACCAUGGUCUUGUGAGUUCCCUAGCAUAUAUUACAUUCUAAAUUUUAUCUUUUAAUUCACACUAUGCAAAUUCAUUGCUA